AUACCAUUAGACUGUGUUUGUUCUAUGUUGUAGGUAUUCGAGAAUUUAAUUUACUAGCUGCCAGUUUCUAAUAAAAGUAAAGAUGAGAUAAUGGCUGCUAAACCAAUGCCACGAAUAAGAGCUGGUGUUUCUGGUUGUCCUGUGACAGCCAUUUCUGUAAAUGAAAAAUCGAAUCCCGAGAAAAGUUCCAAAUUGUUGAAUGCGAGAAGAAGCAGACUUUCAGAAUCUUCAUGUUCGCAAGAAUAUGACAACGACAUGUUUGAUUCUGUUUAUCGGACUAACAACGAUAAAAAAUUACAAAACGAAUUAGUGGUUGAUGAAAACGAUCGUUUACCAAAACCAGAAAUUUCUGAUGCUAAACUAUGGUCCCGUGAUUUUCAUUCGGAUCGUGGACAAGUCAAAGUAAAUGCUUCAGAUGUAUCGGAUACAAAUCAUUCGGACUAUGCUUUGAGUAACGAAGCUACAACUCUGUUGCAAACAUCGAAGAUUGAACCAAGUAUUGCUUCUGUGGCCGAAAUAGAGCGUUUAAAACAACUGAUGAUGUUACAGGUGUCUUUAAUUAGUCGUCAACAAGAUUUAUUAAAACUUCGAGAUAAAGAAAUAAUGCAUUUAAAGGCAAAUAACCAAUCGUUCAAGUGUCGAAUAGAAAGAAUGGAAAGAAGAAUUUCUCUGUCGAAAAGAACUCGGAAAGAAAGUGAAAGUUGUUCCACUCCCCAUCAGCAAAACAAUGGAGUCAAACGUAGAAGAUCAGAAUCUCAUUCGAAACCUGACUCGAAACCUGAAGAUCAUAUUUCAACAUCAACAGCAACACAACCAGAUGCACACAACAUUGUUUCAACAACUUCACCCACAACAGCAACUACUGCCAAUACCACUCCAACCAAUAUCAGUUCCACUCCCACGAAAAUCUUUCCUAAAAAUGAGAAUCCUAAUAAUUCGUUUAAAUCUUUAUCUGUCCCAGCCUCCCAUAGCUGUCCUAACUUACCCAGCACUUCCAUCUCCCCAAUAAAAACGUCUCCAACAUCUGAUCUCAGUUGCUUUCCUGUCCCUCUCUCGUUUAUUGAGCGUUUCCAGAGCCAGUUAUUUACACACACUUCACCAAAAUCAGGCGAAAAAUUGGACGAUUCAAAAGUUGCGAUUCAAAUAUGUGAAAAAUGCCCGCACUGUGUAGCUAUGGCAAAUGAAAUCAAGUACCUUCUUUCUGUCGCCGCUAAUGCUGGGUUUGGAACUUCUUUUACAAAUAAAAGCUCAAGUAACGACCACAUGCUUAAAGUUGUUGGGAUUUGUGGACAAGAUAACAUAGCAGAAGAAAGCAGUCACACCUUGAACUCCCAGCCAGUGUUGCUAACAAAGCAAUACUACUAUAAACGGUUAAGCACAGAACAGAGUACCUGCACACGGAUAGUGGAACAAGAAAACUUUAGAGAUGAUGGAACUGUGUUAAACAUUCCAACAUGGCGUGUUAAAGUAAUACCAUUGGAAAACACAAGUACUGAAUCACCAAUUGAGGCAAUUGAUGACGAAUCUUAUUUAAAACGUCAUAGUAAGUUUGAAAUUGCAGAAAAGCGGCGUAAAAGAUGGGAUAUACAACGAAUACGUGAAUAUCGAUACAAUGAAAAACUUCGGCAAAAAAUCUUGAAACAAGAUCUUAUUAAAGAUGGUUCAGUGGAAACUUUUUCUCCUUCGUUAUUUGAAAUUGAUGCACUUGCGGUGGACAACUGUUUACCCGUUAAUGUUUUUGGUCACUGUCUACCACACUUACCAGUACAGGAAUUUUCAUUGUCGUCGAGUCGAUAAAAUGUGGAUUUGGCGAAAACCAAUAUGAUGUUUUAAUCUUGUGCUGUACUUACUCUGCGUAUUUCAUAUUUUUUAUGACAACAUGAUUAGUGAUUACUUUC